AUGAAGCCCACCUUCUUUUCUCUCCUUCCAGCCACCCUCUCUCUCCUGGGUACUGCCCAUGCCCGGACCGAUCUGGAGGGCUGCAUCUCCUCUGCAACUACAAACCAAUGGCACGAAGCUUCGAUGAUCUGGUACAUCGAAGACACUGGCGAGAUCUGCGACAUCCCCGACUGUGGCGGCGGCCGUGCACCUCCCAAGUAUAAUAACCCGGCUUGCCCGAAUUACACCGGCACUGCGACCUAUGAGCCUAGCUACCUCGAGGGAUACGGGCCAGGUGCUACUGCCACGAAGACGACCGCGAGGGAGACAGGUGCUGAGUCUACUGCUACCGGAACUAUCGAUAAAAAUGAGGACGACGAUGAGACCUUUAAAGUCGCCUCAACCGACCACGGAAGUGUAACAAUUACCUCGACGCCGGUCCCUACCGGUCAUUCCUCUGGCGUGCAUGACGGAGGUUCGAAGGGCAGCUCAAGUGCAAACGACAGCUCGAGCGCCAUUCAAGGCUCCACUUUGGCUUCAUCGGCUCAGGAACUGUCACCUUCACCGUCAAACACCCCUGCAAACUUUACAGAAUCUGAUGUAAAUGCUGCAGAGUCGCUGGGGUUCAAUGCUGGUCUUGGGGCCGUUGGCCUGCUUGCUGCUUUUGUGCUUUAA